AUGUUGUUGCAGCUAGCUGACAGGACUGUGAAACGACCCUCAGAGACUGAUGAUGAAAGGCUGACUAUUGAGGACCCCCUUGCUGCAUGUCUAAUGAAUUUGGAUGAGGUAAAUGGAGAGGAUCUGGCGGAAUGGAUGUUGGCGUUAGAGGGCUCAACAACUAUUGCAGUUUGUUUGAAAACUAAUAAUGGUAUUGCGGUUGAUCAUCGUCGCAGGAAUCGGUCACUUGAGGGGCUUCAAACUAAUGUUCAAAGGUUGAAGACCUACAAGGCCAAAUUAGUUGUCUUCCCAAGACGUGCUCGCAAGGUUAAGGCUGGUGAUUCUGCCCCCGAGGAAUUGGCUACUGCAACUCAAGUCCAUGGUGAUUACAUGCCUAUUGCACGUGAGAAGCCAUCAGUUGAUCUUGUCAAGGUUACUGAAGAGAUGAAGUCGUUCAAUGCCUAUGGCAAGCUAUGUGUGGAGCGGACGAACGAGCGUUACAUUGGUGCUAGGAUGAAGAGGGCUGUAGAGGCUGAGAAGGAGGAAAAGAAGUAG